AAAAUAGGAAGUAGCAUGCGGCUAAUAUGGCUAGCCCUCGCAUGAAGCUAAAUUAACCUUAGCUGCUUAUUCCGCUGCAGUGGAGGAUUAAAGGCGUGUGAAAUGCUGGUCUGUGCUCUGGUCUGCGGUGCUGUAGUGUUCCCUGGACUUUUCAUUAGUUUUAAGGCGGUUUUGAGGAGACUGUUCCCGAAAUGGACCGACGCAGACGUGGUUUGUGUCAGCGAGAGAUUGGUGUCUGCUGUCCAUGGAUCUCUGGCCACAGCUGCAGGGUCUAUUGUUGUUCUGUCCUGCAAAGAUGUUAUGAACGACAACCACUGGUUGGUCAAUGCUUUUGUAGUCUUUGGAGUUCCUUACAUGACCUUUGACCUCUAUGCCAUGUACCUGAGCCACUUCCACUCACAGAAGAGCAGGGGUCAUAUCAAAGAUCACUCCCUUCAAACCGUCAGUGCUUUUCUUCACAAAGACUGGAUGUUGGUUCUACAUCACGUGGCGUUGCUGUCUAUUUUCUUUCCUAUAACUGUGUUUUUCAGGAGAGGACUGGGUGACUUUUUCAUCGGCUGCUUUUUCAUCACAGAGUUCAGCAGUCCAUUUAUCUCCAUUGGGAAAAUACUCAUCCAGCUUGGCCUGGAUGACACCAAUCUGCACCGUCUCAAUGGACUCGCUGUUCUUCUGACGUUCUUCACCUGUCGGAUCCUCAUAUUUCCCUUCAUGUAUUGGACCUACGGACAGCAGUUUGGGAUUCCUCUGUACAAAGUGCCUUUUCAUUUACCGCUGCACUGUAACCUGGGAAAUCUAAUCAUCCUGCCUCCCCAGAUUUACUGGUUUAUCCUCCUGAUGAAGAAAGCAAAGAGACUGUAUCUACGGCAAAAGAAAUUGACAGAGAAGGAUGAAAAAGAGAAACAAAGGACAGACUAAGAACACUUGGACUUUUAAACAUUUUUGCAUUAUAUUAUGUAGUUUGAGUCAUGCUGAUGGGAAAUGUUUUUAUUUUACAAUUCUGUUGUAUAAGCCUUUUAACUCUGCACUGCUGUUUAGUGGUUACCCUUACAAUAUGAAUACAUAUUGUAAAAUAAGAAUUAGUAAUGUUUUACAAAAGAAUACUUCAUAUAAAAACAUUUGACUCAAAUAUCAGUCUGUAAUCUGAACUAUUUUGUGUUUUUAACCUUAAAUAUGAACACAUUUCACAGUGCUGUAUGCAUUGUGAUCAUGUCUUAUAAUUAUGGGGUCUUAGUGUCCUGUAGUUUGACAAAACAACCACUGUGCAUGCCUAGAAGUUCAGAUACAACACUAGUAAAAUGUUUGCAGUAGCCCUGCA